AUGUGGCACCAACGGGUUACAAAAUAUAUUAGUAAAAAUAAAAAAAUCAAUGAAAUUGUUGCAAAACUGAUACAUGAUUUCAUGAUAUCUGCCAUAAAUUAUAAGAUAAGAAAUUUAAAAGAACUUUUAGACAUUGUUCUCCGGCUUUUAUCAUACAUGGAUGAUAAAGAGAUUUUUAGAACUUUAUAUGUGACAGAUCUUGUUACUCGACUUUGCUUUGAGAAAACGUCAAACUUUGAACUGGAAAGACGUGUGGCUACUAGAUUAUUAAAUGUAAUGGAACCAGAAUUCUCUAAUAACUUAAAUGUAAUGUUAAAUGAUAUAAUAACCUCAAGGCAGUUUAAUGAAACUUAUAAAAAUUGCAAGAGUAAUGCACCGUUGCUGUAUGUUAACGUUUUAACGCAAGACAGCUGGCCAAAAUACGUAACGAGUUCAACAUUAAACGUGAAAUUAGCACCUGAUUUAGAACAAGCAAAGAAAGCUUUUGAAUCUGUAUAUAAGACUAAGCCGGGAAAUAAGAAUAAAAAAUUAAAAUGGCAACAUGAAUUAGAUAGAUGUAUUGUUGAAAUGAUUCUUGGAUCGCUUAUUUUCAACCUUGGAAGUUAUCUUUCGUACGAAGAAAUCAAACGUCGGACUGAAUUGGAAAUCACGGAACUGGAUCGCGCUUUACAAUCACUUAUAUUCGGGAAAAUCCCAUUAUUGUUAAAGGACUCACCACAUGAUGAUAUUGAGAACACUAAUAAAUUUUGUAUUAACGAGUCAUUGGAUACCGUGAUUGGUAUCAUGACUGGUACUGACAAUAAUAUAAUUACGCAAGAAGAUCUUGAAGUGACCAAACGGACGCAUUGGAUGUCACAGCGGUUAGUCGAAGAUAGAGCAAUUCAACUAGAUUCUGCAAUUAUGAGAAUUAUUAAGCCUGAAAAACAAAUUUCUAAGGGACUUUUAAUUCAGAGAAUAUUACAAAUUCCCAGGUUUGAAUGGGCAAAGUGUCUAACAAAUCCAACAAAUCCAACAGAUCCACCACCACCCCAAGCG